AUGCUUUUACCACCGCGACGGAACCGGACCCUGUACCCGCCGCUGCUGCUCUUGCAGCUGCAGCUGCCCCCGGCAGGAGCCUGGGGCCCGGAAGGCGCAGGCGGGAACAGCCGGGAGAUCCUGGGGCCGGCUCAGAUAGUCACUGCCAGCCUCCUGUCGCUGCUCAUUCUCUGGACCUUGCUGGGGAAUGUAUUGGUGUGUGUGGCCAUCAUCCGAUACAGACAUUUGCGCUCCAAGAUGACCAACAUCUUCAUUGUGUCUUUGGCCAUCUCUGACCUCUUCGUGGCCCUCCUAGUCAUGCCCUGGAAAGCCGUGGCAGAGGUGGCCGGUUAUUGGCCCUUUGGGACUUUCUGCAAUAUUUGGGUGGCCUUUGACAUCAUGUGCUCUACUGCCUCCAUCCUGAACCUGUGCGUCAUCAGCGUGGACCGCUACUGGGCCAUCUCCAGCCCCUUCCGCUAUGAGCGGAAGAUGACCCAGAGGGUGGCCUUGAUCAUGAUCGGUGCAGCCUGGGCCUUGUCCAUCCUCAUCUCUUUUAUCCCUGUGCAACUCAAUUGGCAUAAAGACCAAGAGAUUUUUUCUAGAAACCAGUCCCCUCCAUCCACUUUCACCAAUGGGACUCCCUGGGGAGAGGAGACAGAGGAGCUCGAGGCUGAUGGGGUAGAGAACUGUGACUCGAGUCUCAACAGAACUUAUGCCAUCUCCUCGUCCCUGAUCAGUUUCUACAUACCGGUGGCCAUCAUGAUCGUGACCUAUACGAGGAUUUAUCGCAUAGCCCAGGUGCAGAUCCGGAGGAUUUCCUCCUUGGAAAGGGCUGCAGAGCAUGCUCAGAGCUGCCGGAGCAACCGAAUGGACUACCAGCAUCACAACAGCCUCAAGACCUCCAUCAAGAAGGAGACCAAAGUCCUAAAGACACUAUCUGUGAUCAUGGGGGUCUUUGUCUGCUGCUGGCUCCCAUUCUUCAUUCUGAACUGCAUGGUUCCUUUCUGUGACAACCCUGGGGACCCCCAAGCUGGCUUCCCCUGUGUGAGUGAGACAACCUUUGACAUCUUUGUCUGGUUUGGGUGGGCCAACUCAUCCCUCAACCCCAUCAUCUAUGCCUUCAAUGCUGACUUUCGGAAAGUAUUUGCCAACCUUCUGGGGUGCAGCCACUUCUGUGCUGGAACCCCAGUGGAGACAGUGAACAUUAGCAACGAGCUCAUCUCUUAUAAUCAGGACACAGUAUUCCACAAAGAGAUUGCCACUGCUUAUGUCAACAUGAUCCCUAACGUGGUUGACUCUGUGAGUGGAAAUGAUGAUGGUCCCUUUGACAGGAUGUCUCAGAUUUCCCAAACUUCCCCACAUCAUGAUCUUGCAACUGAUUCAGUGUGCGAGCUGGACUGUGAGGGAGAGAUUUCACUGGGCAAAAUAACACCCUUCACUCCAAAUGGUUUACAUUAAACUGCUUAAGGAAUUUGCUUCUUGGAAUGGUACAUUCGCAGAGGUUUACAUACACAUAUAAACCCAAACACCCAAACACAUACACACUCCUACACUUGUUGGUCAGGUAACACAUG